UAGAAUAAAUGACCGGAUGUAAAAUCUUGGUUUUGUUUUUGUGAAAUUAUUAAACAUAUUCGGUAAAAUCUCUGCUUCUACAUCUUAAUAUUUCCUCAAAUUGAUAGAUUAUACUUUGGGUAUAACAGUGCAUACGAUGUCUCUAUUAUAGCUUGAAAGGUUGGACUUCAAAAACCUAAUUGGAUGUGAAGUCAAGUGUGUACGCUCGUGACAAUGCCUCCCACUAAACAACAGAUAGAUAAGGCUAUCUGGCUCUGGGCUGAUACAACUGAACCUGAGAAUGUCUCUCUUCUCAAUGUAGAGACAGCUUAUAGGAUGCACAUACCUCACUGUAAGCAGGGAUCAUGCAGGCGCAACUGUAAAGGUAACCCUCAUUGCUUAGGUGGACUUGGAGAGAAAGAGUGGCUUGGGGAAAUUGAUGAUAGUAACUGGCAUGAUCUUGAAGAUCCUAACAAUGAAAGGAGAAAGGAAGGCUCCUUUGUUGGACUGAAGAAUCUUGGGGCCACUUGCUAUGUGAAUACACUGUUACAAGUCUGGUUCCACAACAAAGAAUUCCGCAGUGCCAUUUAUAAGUGGAAAAAUCCUGAGGACACAAGCCCAAAAAUUCCAGAUAGGACUGGAAGUAUUUGUGAAGGCACAAGUGAUGUUAAAAUUCAAUCUAUACAGUCAGAUAUUGAAGCAAUGCACAAUGAAGGAGAUAAGAAUCCUAAAGAUUCUAAAUAUAAUCCAAAAACUUUAACCAACAAGACUGUCAUUGAAAAAGCAGAUGGCACAUUUAAAGCAAACGACUCCCCAACAGUGAACAUUAAAGAAUCCUCAAAUGAAUGCCUUGGUAACAAAGACCAGAUUACAUUGGAUAAAUGUAUUUCAGAUCAGCAUAAUACUAAGACAGAAAAUACUGAUGAUUCAGGAAAGGAUGACAUCAUCACAGAUAUAGAUAAAACCCCAAAGCCCCAUAUUUCUAGUGAAGAAGACCUACAAGGUCAAAAGUGCUCUACCAAUAAAGGAGACACAUGUGUCAAAUCAGGGGACACUUCUAGUGCCAUUCAAACAGAUAGCAUUGCUGUGAACAAUGACACUUUACAGGAUCUCACUCCAACUGGAAUACCAGGACAUCUCCAGUUAAUAUUUGCCUUGCUUCAGUUCAGCAACAGGAGGUAUAUCGACCCAACUCCAUUCAUUAAUUGUUUAGGGCUGGAUGCAGGGCAACAACAGGAUGCGCAAGAAUUCUCCAAAUUGUUCAUCUCAUUACUGGAGGAUACCCUUGUCUCUCAACCUGACCCUACAGUGAAGAAUGUCAUCAGAGAACAGUUCAGUGGGCAGUAUGCAUAUGUCACACAAUGCAAUCAUUGCCAAGGAGGAUCUCAGAGGAGUGCUGAUUUCUAUGAAUUGGAUCUUAAUAUAAAGGGACACAAGGAACUGCAUGAAUGUCUACAAGAAUUCUGUCAAGAGGAGAAAUUGGAAGGCGACAAUCAGUACAUGUGUGCAGUGUGUAACAGUAAACAGGACGCCAGGAGGCGUAUACAGCUCUGUAGAUUACCACCAGUGCUAAACCUACAAUUGUUAAGAUUCGUCUUUGACAGGCAAACCGGUCACAAGAAGAAGCUGAAUACAUUUAUCCAGUUCCCGGAAGAGAUUGAUCUGACCCCCCACCUGAAUGCACCAAACAAGGCAGCAGCAGACCAUUCCUACAACUCACAAACCCCAAACACAGGAGACUGCAUAUAUGAGCUAUCAGCUGUACUUAUACACAGAGGCCCCAGUGCUUACAGUGGACACUACAUAGCACAUAUAAAGGACUACAGUUCUGGCACAUGGUACAAAUUCAAUGAUGAGGAAAUAGUUAAGAUGGAGGGAAAAAACUUACAGCUUGGUAAUGAGGAUGAGGUAUCAGGAGGUAAGGCAAGCAAGAAACCACGUUGUACCAAAGGAUCCCAUGCCUCAAAGAAUGCUUACAUGUUGGUAUACAGGAGAAAACAACUUACACAAGAAGACAAUAGUCAAGAGAUGGCUGUGUGUGAUCCAGGGGGCAUAUCAGACACUGUCCAGGAGUAUGUCAUGAGAGACAAUGAAAACUUUGAACACUGGGUCGAGGAAAUGACUGCCAUGAAGGCCAGUAACAUCACAAGUGGAAGGGAGAGACAACAAGAGAUCCAAGCGCUCUAUUGCAUACUACCAGCUAAUCAAGGUGAUGAUUACACAUGGAUCCACACAGAUUGGUUGACUCAGUGGAUGAUGGACAGUGUAUCAGCAAAUAAACGUAUCUCCCCUGUUACAAUGACACCAUUCCUCUGCUCACAUAACAAGCUUGAUCCUGAGAAAGUUCCAAGGCUGAAAUGCAUCAGUCCAGAAGCAGGAGAUAUUAUCUAUACCAAAUAUGGUGGUGAUGUUAGGCUGACUAGUAACAGUAUGUGUAUUGAAUGCGUACGAGAGAAGUGUAGAGUUAUAAGAACAAAAGCUAGGUUAACAGAAGACAGUAAAUUCAUACAGCAAGAACAGAAAAAUAAGCAGAUGUUUCCAAACUCAAGGAGUGGUUAUUGGGUUGGAAAAGAGUCCUUGAGAAGUUGGAAAAGAUUAGUACUUGAGAAUUUAGAGGACUCCAGAAACACAGUGCCUACCAAUGGGGAGACCAGAGACACAUUGUCAAAUGGGGAAUGCAAUACAGAAAAUAAUCACCCAGAAGGACACUCCUGUAUGCCUGGUUCAAGUACAGAGCAGGAUCAUCCUCCCGUGAACACAGAACCAAAUAGUACAAAUGAGAUGAAAGCUGAGAAAAAUGAUACUGUUGAUCAUGAAGGUGCAAUUGAAAAAUUGAGAUUUAAUGAGGAUCUGCUCUGCAUUGAGCAUGAUCAGUUAGUGAUUGAUGAAAAAUGCCGCAGUUUGGUAUCUGAGGAAGUCUGGGGUAGAUUGAGAAAAUAUUUCCCCGACUGCCCUCAGUUCAAGUAUGAUGUGGAACCUUGUCCUUUAUGUAAGAAAUUGUUAGUAGCUGAAGAAGAGUUGAAAGUAUUACACAAGAAUAUGGCAGUUGAACAAAAGUCUGCACUUAAUGACCUCUACCUUGAUAAGAACAGACCUAAAUGGUCCAAGAAUGUAUCCCAGUUGAACAUUAUCAGUCAAGAUCUCAUAGACAACUGGCGCAGAUUUAUCAAAAGCCCUACAUCCAAAUCUCCCCCAGAUGCCAUAUGUAAUACACCUCUGCUCUGUCCCCACGGUGGUGUCAUGUUUGAACCUGAUCUCAUAGGAAUAGACCAGUCCACUGAGCAUAUGUGUUACAUCAAGCCUGAUGAAUGGAACAUCCUUUGUGGUUUCCUAAGUUCUGAUGUAGAAAUAGCUGUCACGAGAAUAGAAGAGGAGUCAGGUCUUGUCACAUUCCUAACACAACCAGAAGUCUGUCGAGAAUGCUGUUCUGCCCGCAAUGCACAAGAAAUGAAAGAGAGGCUGGAAUACAAAGAUGCAAAGCUGUAUGUGCGUAAAGUAACGAGCAACAAAGAUUUACCUGGAAGUAUUGAUAGGUUAGCUGGUCCCACAGAAGACAAAGAUGAUCCACUUUUCUCCCAGGGGGCAAAACGAAAGAAACUUGAUGAUGGGUCGAUUGAGGUGCCGAUAAAGAACCUACAAACCGAUGAAAGUAUCACAAGACGUAGCACACGGCACAGAAAAACACGAGGCGAAAAAGAAAUAAUUGUCUCAUCGUCUCAAACAUUACGCGAUCUCAAAAUACAGAUAUUGAGGAACUUUUCUGUAGCACCAUUUGACCAGAACCUGUCAUUGGAUGGGAGAGCUCUUAUUGGAGACACUGAAACCCUAGCUGCCUUAAAUAUCAUACCAGAGUCUAUCAUCUACCUCAAGGCAGAUGAGCCUUGCCAUGAGGACCCCAUGCUAAUAGAGGAUCUGUCCAGAGUGAAUUAUCCAGAAGAGGGAUUUAAGGGGACUGGAUUACUAGGAGGGAAAUGAUGGUAACAUCACAACUCUUGGAGACUCUUGAAGUGCAUUACGCUAAGAGCUACACAGUCAUGAUGGUGUUAACCUCUUUCACUAAAUAAUGGAGCAUGUUUGCUAACUCAUGAUUGAACAGUGGAUAAAAGACCAGGAAAUUACAGACAGCCCUAUCUAUUGAUAAACACUUAACAGUAUGGCUAUUUCAACUGUUGGACACUAGCCGAACUGUAAUUUUUUAAAGAGAGAUAACAUUGAACUGUCAAACACAAUGUUGCAUAUGCAGUUCUGAUAUCAUGUACCAUGUCCAAUCAAAAUAGCGAAAUACAUACAUUUACAUUGUAAUUUGUCCAGUUAUAUCUAUUUUAUUACUAUAGUAAGUGCUUUUGUGAUAAGACACAUUAUUUUAUAUUGUCGCGGCUAUGGGAAAUCCUUUUACGUGAAAGCUGUAAUAAUAUUGAU